CAAAAAACACACGAAGAAGAAGUGGUGUCGCAACCAGCUAGCAGCAGGCUAGUUCAGACAGCAGCAGGCUAGUUGAUGACAGGCUGCUGUCAUCCUCACUAACGCAGCAGCGUAGCUUCACUCACUCUUCACCCUGGCUUUCUUAUGACAUCCUUCAAACCCGGCGCCCACAUCGCAUUAUGUUUGAGGAUCCUGAACUCCAAGAUCCAUUGUCACUGAGUCUAAAUGAAAACUACGAUGACCAGAAUUCGCCAUGUCAUGAUUCAAAAAAAGCACCAGCAAGCCCCGACUAUAAUUGUGAGACACCGGAGAUUCAAGUAAUUAUCAAAGAGGAAGAGGAAGGCUGGACUGUGAGUGAAAAUCAUGAGAGCUUCAGCUCAGAGGGAGAAAAGGAGGAUACUUCCAUGCACUCUUGUCAUCCCGACCUGGAGAGCUCCAUUUCAUACGAAGUAAAGAGGCAGCAGGGAGUGUAUUUGGUGGAGAGAUGUUCGGAGGAGUCUGCAGGCCCCGCUCUCUACGGGCAGAGCUCCUCUGCCAGAGAGGGGCGGCAGAGACACAUGCUCAUGGACUCGGAUGAGAAACCUAAGAUUUCCUGUAUACGUGGAAAUGUGACUGUGCAUCAGUGCAAUAACACAAGAGAGAAACCCUUCUCCUGCCCUGUAAGCGAGACGACACCCAGCCACAAAGGGAGCAUGAAAUCCCAUCAGAGAACACAUGCAGGGGAUGAGGGUUACAGUCAAAGCACAUCUUUCACAACAGAAGCAGAAGAGACCAAAAGAUCAGCACCUUACCAAACAGAUUCACCUGAACGUGCGGCCCUGAUGUCUCAUGGACUCAAGAUGACAUCUGCAAACUUAGAGGACCAAACGCUACAUUUGACUGUCAGACUGCAGGCAGGGGAGGAGGAGGAGGAGGAGGUGGAACAAGAGGAACAAGAUGAAGAAAUUAGUGGUUUAAUCAACUCUGACGGAGAAGUGGUUGAAUGGGAUGCAGGAGACAGUCCUGACAGAGGCUCUGAUUGCAGAGAAAGUCCUCAGCCUAGCAAGGGUGUCGUCCCGUCCGAGUCUCAGCUGCAAGGCCAAAACCAGAGAGACAGCAGUAGUCCAACGCUCAUCAUGGAAGUUGUGUCUGUGGGGGAAGAUGAAGAAAGGGAAGAAGGGGAGGAAAAAGAGAGAGUAGUAAAGAUGGCAGCUGUCUCGCCCUUAUAUCGUGGAAAGAGACACAGAAGGAAGAAGAAGGUUCCAGAAAUAACAGUGGUGUCGCUGGACGUCUCAGACACGGAGAAGGAAGUUCCUGCAAGUCCUGUAAAACGACGGGGCAGAAGAAAGGUUUCAAAAGCUCCAGUGUUGUCUGGUGAAGACCUCGAGGCAAAGCCAGGAAUGUCAAGGCGCACCCAAAGAAAGAGAAAUGUUCCAAUCAUCGUGGAAUCAGAAGAAUUAACCUCCAAAACUGUCCGCCGGGUUGCUGCAAAGCGACCUUACAAAAGAAGGAAAGAUACCAAACUAUCUGCUGUUUCUUCUGGGAAAAAGCGCCCUGGCAGAAAGAUGGUCCGUGUUCCAAUAGAAAUCCCUCCUGAGCUCCUGAAGAAGCCCAAAGAAAAGAUGGAGUACCACUGCUCAGUGUGUGGCAAAGAAUUCCCUCAUGCCUACAAACUAGAGAGGCACGGGCUGAUACACACCGGAGAGAAACCUUACUGCUGCUCCAUCUGUGGUCGGGGUUUCAACCAGAAGGGAAAUCUCAAAACACACUUCAAAGUCCACUUAGGUCGUAAGGGCGCUGUGGAUUUUGACGACGAGGUGAAUCCCAUAGCGUCAGAACUCUCCGAAUACUUGAAGACUCUGCCAGGGGAGUCCAGGAUCAGAUCAUCCCUCCGUUGCCUGGAAUGUGGCGAAGAAUGUGAGAAUCAUGCAGCUUUACAAGCACACCACAUCACCACGCACACAGAAACCGCUGGUGAAUCAGACGCAGUUGAGCAGAGUGCGUCGCAGCUUCUCAUCUGCCGCCGCUGCGGCAUAAAGUUCAAUGACAAAGAAAAGCUGGAAGAACAUAUGAAAACCCACAUCAAGGCGAAGCCCUACUCGUGUCCUGACUGUGGCAAGAGGUUCAUCAAUGAAAGCUACAUACAAAUUCACCAGCGCAUCCAUACUGGGGAGAAACCGUUCCUCUGCUCCCAGUGCGGCAGAGGUUUCCACACGGCUUCCUCUCUCAAGCUGCAUGAGAUGCAGCACACCGGGGAGAGGCCGUUUGCAUGUCUCAUCUGUGGGAAGACGUUUCGAAUAAACUCGUACCUAACAGCACAUUACCAGACCCACAUUAAAGAGAGACCUUUCAUGUGUAGUGUCUGUGGGAAAGGCUACUCCAGAGCUGAGGAACUGAAGGUGCACCACAGGCUUCACACCGGAGAGAGACCCUACGAGUGUGGAGAGUGUGGGAAGAGCUUCAUUUACCGUCAGGGUCUGCGGCAGCAUCAGCGCACACAUGCUGGAAAACGCAUCGGCCCAACUAGACAGCUCGGUAGACCGAAGCAGCAGGCCAGGCUGGACAUCUAACAGUCGAUCUAUUGAUGAAUUUUUUGUUGUGUUUGAAGAUAUUACAGUAAAUUGCGCUUCUUUCCUGCUCUCCUUCCUUCCAUUCUUCCCACCUACAGUAGAGACGAUUACCGUGUCUGAAAAUAUGCGCUACAGCGUCGUGUGGGUUGCCAAAUAUAAUUUGGAACCUUACCUUUUCAUCUUUCUUGUAAUCAUGUUUUGUACCCAUGUGUUUAUGUUUACUCAUCCCUAGUAGCCCAUCUGUACAAUUUGAGUGCCUUUGUAUCAUGCAUGCCAAAUACUUAUACUUAAUGUUAAAAAAAAUAUGCACAAUAUCCUUGUUAUUUUAAAAUCCAUGUCGAUGGAAUACAGAAAUUUUUCAGAAAUA